AUGUCAAGAUCUGUCUGGAACCUUGCCAAUUGCAUUGUUUUGCUUAAUGCAAAUAGCCUGCACCAGAAUUUAACUGAUUUAUUUAUUGAUGCACCUUAUGAUGCCAAUCUCUUUGUUAAGAUCAUUUCUCUAUGCUAUCACAUUUGGAAAGCAAGAAAUAACAAUGUUUUCAGGAAUGAAGCUUUCUCCUCCCCUACUAUAGUGGCCAUUGCAGCUUCCACUUCUCAAGAUUUCCUCAUUCAUAAUCCUCCUGUAAGGCGUCCUUCUGAUCAGCGGGAGCACAUCAAAUGGAAUCCUCCUCCUCCAGUCCAUGUUAAAAUCAACUUUGAUGGUUCAGUCAUCCAACAAAACAACAAUGCAGCUAUUGACUUUGUCAUCAGAGACAGCUUUGGAUGUCCUGUUAUUGUUUGUGCUAAACGAAUUGGGAAAGCUAAUGUCCCUCUAACUGAAGCUGUUGCUCUUCGGGAAAGCCUCCUAAAAGCUCAAGAGCUUAACUACACCAAUCUGUUGAUUGAGGGGGAUUCCCAACUGAUCAUUCACUGUGUUAUUGGGAAGACCAACACUCCAUGA